AUGAAGACAAACAAUUGCUUUCAGGCAAUGUCCUGCCUCCCUGAGGAGGAUCGCAGACGGAUAUCCAGCUUUGGUCAAGGACCAACUGUCCCAGUCCCACACUCUGUCGUCCAUGAGGCAUUCGAAAAAAUCGCUGAAACUCACCCACAUACCGUUGCCGCGACCUUUGCUGGCAAUUCACUUACGUACCAGCAGUUGGAUGAAGCAGCAAACCAGCUCGCCAAUCGUCUCAUCCAUACGGGAUUGAAACCAAAGCAACGAGUAUGCCUCGUUGUGCAACGCUCGUUUGAGAUGUUGAUUGGUAUCUUUGCUAUUCUGAAAGCAGGAUGUCAAUAUGUACCGGUUGAUGGCGGAGUGGCAUCAGAGGUUGCACUGACACACAUACUUUCCGACUCUGGUGCAACUUUCAUUCUAUGCCUCCCCAAAUUUGUCGAAAGAACACAAAAGGUCGCCAAACAAGAUGCAGUAAUCAUUGCUUUAGAAGCGAACGUUGGUGCCUCUUUUCCUUCGACACGCCCAUCAGUCCCAGUUUCCCAACAUGAUGGUGCAUAUGCGAUAUACACAUCCGGCAGUACUGGUACACCUAAAGGUGUCGAUGUUGCGCAUUCCAAUGUCACAAACGCUUUGUUGUUAAACCCAGCGCGACUUGAUAUUACCGUGGGGUCCAAAGUUGCCCAAGUACUCAACAUCGCAUUCGACAUGGGUAAGCUCUAUAAGAAAUUUCGGAGAAAGUUACCUAACAAGUGGCCAGGAGCAUGGGAAAUAUUGGCAUGUCUUAUGAAUGGUGGUACCCUGUAUUUGCGGGGGUCAGAUUGGACAGCCACACUCCGUGAGGUCGAUACACUAAUUUCCACCCCAUCCAUCUUGUCAAAGUACCGUCGACAGUCUUUUCCAAACAUCAAAUAUGUCGUGACAGGCGGCGAGCCUUGCCCAAAAGCACUGGCUGAUGAGUGGGCUGAAAACGCAUGCUUCUACAAUAUUUGCGGGCCAACGGAAAUCACAAUCUUAAACUCAGCACAUCGCCAUACCCCAGGCCAAUUUUUGUCCAUUGGAAAACCCUUGCCCAACACAACAUGUUAUCUUCUCGAUGCAGACGAGCAACCAGUUCCUGUGGGGCAAAAGGGAACCAUGUGGGUUGGUGGAGCUGGUGUGACUCGAGGCUAUAUCAAUCUGCCUGAACUCACUGCUCGUCGCUACAAACAUGACAAAUUCGUCAAUGAUGGGUCAAGAAUGUUCAACACCGGUGACAUCGCACGAUGGAGGGAGGAUGGUUCACUUGAUAUGCUCGGCCGUGAAGAUGACCAAGUAAAGAUCAAGGGUUUCCGUGUCGAGCUUGACGGAAUCACAGCCGUCGUUGAGUCGUUCCAAAAUGUAAGACGAGGUGCAGCAAUGCUCGUUGAGAACGCACUCUGCGCUUUUUAUGCAACAGAGGGUUCGGUUGACGAAGAAGCUCUCAAGAGUUUCACCCAGAAGCAUCUACCCUAUUACUCUGUUCCAGAGAAAUGGGUCAAGGUCGACUCCAUACCACUGACAAAUAACGGAAAAGUUGAUCGAAAAGUUCUGAGAGAACUGGUUUCUGCCCAGUCUAGCCACACACCUACGAACGAGAAGUUCACAGAAACUUUCAAGCCGAGCCUGGUCAGCGUCAAUGUGGAGACGUAUUCUUCCGGUGGAUCUUCCACUGCAUCUCUCAAGGAUCCAGAGAAGUCCGCCGUCAUCAUUACUAGCGGCGAUUCUGAGCUCGGCAUCUCCGCAGAAGAUUUGGCUGAGAAACUACCAGAAGCCCUGCCACCGAAGAACAGUUACCACGGUCUCCGCUGGGUUCGACACCGCGGGCUUAUUCUAUACCGCCGCUUUCUGUCUGUUGUUAUACUAGCGAACAUCGGGGUAGCUGUGUUUCUCUUGCACCGCAGGAUCGGAGAAAACAAGGACAUUCUCGCCAAUUUGUCGCUAGCUACAGCUGCCAAUCUCGUUGUAGCAGUCCUUAUGCGCUCGGAGCCGGUCGUCAACCUUCUUUUUACCGUCUUUUGCUCUGUUCCGACCUUCUUUCCUCUAGCUAUACGACGCCAGUGUGCUAGAAUCUUCCACAUUGGCGGCAUUCACAGCGGGUGUGCAAUGGCCGCCAUAAUGUGGCAUUUCAUAUUCACCAUCGACAGCACCGUGGAUAUCGCAAAGCCGACAUACAUGCGUCGAAUCUCGGUAGCACCGGUCGUAGUGUCGUGGCUUGCGCUUCUCAUUUUGCUCAUGAUAGGAUCGACUUCGCAUCCAACUUUCCGCGUCAAAUACCACAACCUAUGGGAGAUGACCCAUCGAUUCGGUGGUUGGACUUGUCUCGCAUUACUCUGGACACUUACAUUUCUCGCAACCAAGGAUCUUAAUCCCGAGCUGCCGAUAGCAACCGCCUAUUUGCGCUCCCCAGGUAUUUGGCUUCUCUCCGUCGCGACAGCAGCUAUCAUCUUCCCAUGGUUGCAUCUACGUAAAGUGCCCGUUCGCUCCGAAGUUCUAUCAAACCAUGCCAUCCGGCUUUGGUUCGAUUACACGACUCCCGUUGUCGGUACUGCUGUUAGACUUGCUGAACGUCCCUUGAUCGACUGGCAUGGCUUUGCAACCAUUACCAAUCCUGAAGGCAACGGAUUCUCACUUAUUGUGAGCCGCGCAGGUGACUUUACAGGCCGCACAAUUGAGCGCGCACCAACCCAUAUCUACGUUCGUGGUAUCCCGACUUGUGGUGUUCUACGCAUAGCCACGCUCUUCAAGUCAGUCGUCCUUGUCGCAACAGGAUCAGGUAUCGGACCAUGCCUGGCUGUCAUCCUGGCUCGAAAGGUACCUUGUCGUAUCCUGUGGACUGCGCCAAACCCUGAACAGACAUUUGGUCAAAAGAUUGUGGAUAGCGUCAAAGCUACAGAUUCACAAGCAGUGAUCUGGAAUACGAGAACACAAGGAAAGCCCAACAUGUCCCUAAUAGCGUACCAGCUAUGGAGGGAGAGUGGAGCGGAAGCCGUUUGUGUGAUCAGCAACAAGAAGUUUACGACCAAGAUUGUGUACGAUAUGGAGGCCAGAGGCAUUCCAGCUUAUGGUGCUAUUUUCGACUCGUAGAUGGGGUUGUCUUUUUUUUCUUCUAAUUUCUAAGAUGUAUUGGGUUUUUGGGUUUUUGGGUCAUCUCUGGCGCGGGGACAAGUGGGAACAAGGGUUUAUUAGAGUUGGUUUUCAAAAAGGCGUCUAAAUUUGCACUUUUACAGUUUCGAGU